AUGGAGUUGCAUUCUUUUCCUCUCCAUCCCUCACAAAUGGACAUUGUGAAACGCAAUCCGACAAGAGAAGAUUGGUGGGCAGGGUCUGCUCCUUCAGGGCCUUUUAUUUAUACACCAUUCAGCAAAGGAGAGCCAAAUCAUAGCAGUAAGCAGGAUCUGGUUUGGGUUGUUGGAGAACCAGUACAGGUGUUGGUGGAACUGGCCAACCCAUGUGGGUUUGACUUAAUGGUUGAUAGUAUUUAUCUCUCAGUGCAUUCUGAAAAUUUUGAUGCUUUUCCCAUUAGAGCGAAUCUCCCGCCUAAUUCUUCAAAAGUGAUAACCUUAUCUGGAAUUCCAACUAAAGUGGGGCCAGUGUCAAUUCCUGGAUGCAUUGUUCAUUGUUUUGGUGUAAUUACUGAACAUUUUUUCAAGGAUGUUGAUAAUCUGCUCCUUGGAGCAGCACAAGGACUAGUGCUUUCUGAUCCUUUUCGCUGCUGCGGGUCUGCAAAGCUGAAAAACAUAUCUGUUCCAAGUAUUUCCGUGGUACCCUCACUGCCACUGCUAGUUUCACAUGUUGUAGGUGGUGAUGGUGCCGUCAUAUUAUAUGAAGGUGAGAUUCGUGAUGUAUGGAUUAGUCUGGCUAAUGCAGGCACAGUUCCAGUUGAGCAGGCACAUAUUUCAUUAUCAGGGAAAAACCAAGAUUCGGUUACAUCAAUUGCUUAUGAAACUUUAAAAUCCGCUCUCCCUCUGAAACCUGGUGCAGAAGUGAUCAUACCAGUGACCUUGAAGGCCUGGCAGCUUGGCUUGGUGGAUUCUGAUGCUGCUGCUAGCAAAAACAUUUCUGGAAGUGCAGGGAGACAAGCCAAGGAUGGAAGCAGCCCCAUGUUGUUAAUCCACUAUGCAGGUAACUACUUAACAUAA